CGCCCCCUGUGCAGGGCCGGGCAUUUCCGUCCGCAGAAGCACCGGAGCCGCCGGCGGAGCUGCGGGCCGAGUCCUUCGGGUCCGGGCCCCCCGGGUCGGAAGCAGGGAGUGAGCCGAGCACGGGCCGGCGCCCAGGAUGGCCGGGAUGGAAGCCAGGGGCCGCCUGUGGCUGGAGAGCCCCCCUGGGGGAGUGCCCCCCAUCUUCCUGCCCGCGGGCGGGCAAGCCCUGGUGCUGGGCCGGGGCCCCCUGACCCAAGUCACCGACCGGAAGUGCUCCAGAAACCAAGUGGAGCUGGUCGCAGACCCCGAGACGCGGACCGUGGCUGUGAAACAGCUGGGAGUUAAUCCCUCAACUGCGGGGACCCAGGAGCUGAAGCUGGGGUCAGAGGGCUCUCUGGGGGUGGGGGACACGCUGUAUUUGGUCAACGGCCUCUACCCGCUGACCCUGCGCUGGGAAGAGGCCCGCGUGCCAGAGUCCCAGCCAGACACUCCACCCGGCACCCCUCCGGUGGCCCCAACCGAGGAGGAGGAGGAGGAGGAGGAGAGGGAGAGGAAGAGGAUGUUGCAUGUUGCACAGCGGAAAAAGCGAAUGCGGAAGUCAUCCCCUGGCUGGGAGAGCUUCGAGAAGCUGCUAGUGUUCACCGCACCUGGGGUGAAGGCCCGGAGCAAGGUGGCCGGCUUUGAUCUGGACGGGACCCUCAUCACCACACGCUCUGGGAAGGUCUUUCCCACCGGCCCCACUGACUGGAGGAUCUUGUUCCUAGAGAUUCCACGUAAGCUCCGGGAGCUGGACGCCGACGGCUACAAGCUGGUGAUCUUCACCAACCAGAUGGGCAUUGGGCGUGGGAAGGUGUCCGCAGAGGAGUUCAAGGCCAAGGUGGAGGCUGUGCUGGAAAAGCUGGGAGUCCCCUUUCAGGUGCUGGUGGCCACGCACGCCGGCUUGUACCGGAAGCCAGUGAUUGGCAUGUGGGACCAUCUGCGGGAGCAGGCCAACGAGGGUGUGCCCAUCUCCAUUGGUGGGGACAGCGUCUUCGUUGGAAACGCAGCUGGACGCACCGGCAACUGGGCCCCGGAGCGAAAAAAGAAAGACUUCUCCUGCGCAGACCGCCUGUUUGCCCUCAACCUGGGCCUGCCCUUCGCCACCCCCGAGGAGUUCUUCCUGAAGUGGCCGGCGGCGCCCUUCGAGCUCCCAGCCUUUGACCCGAGGACCGUCUCCUCCUCGGGGCCACUCUACCUGCCCGAGUCCAGCUCCCUCCUGAGCUCCGACCCCGAGGUGGUCGUCGCCGUGGGAUUCCCUGGGGCCGGGAAGUCCACCUUCCUCCAGGAGCACCUGGUGUCCGCCGGCUACGUCCACGUGAACAGGGACACCCUGGGGUCGUGGCAGCGCUGUGUGGCCAUGUGUGAGGCGGCCCUGAAGCAAGGGAAACGGGUCGUGAUCGACAACACAAACCCGGACCCCGCGAGCAGGGCCAGGUACAUCAAGUGCGCCCAGGACGCCGGCGUCCCCUGCCGCUGCUUCCACUUCAGCGCCACCCUGGAGCAGGCGCGCCACAACAACCGGUUCCGGGAGAUGACGGACUCCUCUCAUGUCCACGUGGCUGACAUGGUCAUGUUCGGCUACAGGAAGCAGUUCAAGGCCCCGACGCUGGCGGAAGGCUUCGCCGAGCUCCUGGAGAUCCCCUUCCGGCUGCACGUGGAGCCGCAGCGGGAGCGCCUGUACCGCCAGUUCUCCGAGGGCUGAGCCGCUGCCGGCCCUGCCCCCCAAUAAAUGCUAGUUUUCUUUCA